ACCAUGAGUAGGAAGGCACGGCGCUGGAUUUUCCAUUUCUUCCUUUGCCUUGGAGUAUUAUAUCUGAAAAUCGGGGGUCUGUCAUCGGUGGUUGCGCUGGGAGCGAGCAUCAUCUGUAAUAAAAUCCCCGGCUUGGCCCCCCGUCAGAGGACUAUCUGUCAGAGCCGACCCGACGCGAUCAUAGUGAUCGGAGAGGGAGUUCAGAUGGGCAUCAAUGAGUGUCAGUUUCAGUUCAGACACGGACGCUGGAACUGCUCGGCCCUGGCAGAGAGGACCGUGUUCGGGAAAGAGCUCAAAGUGGGCAGCAAGGAGGCUGCGUUCACCUACGCUAUCAUUGCCGCCGGGGUUGCCCAUGCAGUCACUGCGGCCUGCACCCAGGGGAGCCUGAGCGGCUGCGGCUGCGACAAGGAGAAACAGGGUUUUUACAACCAGGAGGAGGGCUGGAAGUGGGGCGGCUGCUCUGCAGACGUUCACUACGGCCUGGGUUUCUCUAAGGUGUUUGUGGACGCACGGGAGAUCAAGCAGAAUGCCAGGACUCUUAUGAAUUUACAUAACAAUGAAGUGGGACGCAAGGUCCUGGAGAAGGGCAUGCGUCUGGAGUGUAAGUGUCACGGUGUGUCGGGAUCCUGCACCACCAAGACAUGCUGGACGACGCUCCCCAUGUUCCGGAAGCUGGGAUACAUCCUCAAGGACAAGUACAACCAGGCAGUGCACGUGGAGCCGGUACGAGCCAGCCGCAACAAGCGCCCCGCAUUCCUUAAGGUCAAGAAACCCCACUCAUACCGCAAGCCCAUGGACACAGAGCUGGUCUACAUUGAGAGGUCGCCCAACUACUGUGAGGCUGACCCUCUGACCGGCAGCAUGGGGACACAGGGUCGCCUGUGCAACAAAACGGCUCAGCAGCCCAACAGCUGCGACUUGAUGUGUUGCGGUCGAGGAUAUAACACACACCAGUACUCACGCGUUUGGCAGUGCAACUGCAAGUUCCUGUGGUGCUGCUAUGUGAAAUGCAACACCUGCAGUGAGAGGACGGAGGUGUAUACCUGUAAAUAG